AUGAUUGGAAGAUAUUUAGUGCAAGGGAAACCAGCUCUUUUAAUAACGAGGAGUAUCGCUAGCUCUUCAAUUAUAAGAGCUGGUACAGCGGCAACGACAACCUCUAAUACAACCGCCACGAAUAGCUUUAAAAAGGCCUCACCAACUUCCACAACUACAUCUACGACUUUAAAAGGUUAUAACACAACUUUAAAUAGUAGUCUUAAGGGGAAAGUUCUACAGGAAAUUCCUAAUACUGACACUAUAGAUAAUAAGGCAUCAAAGAAUGCCAAUGAUGUUGAUUGGUCCACAUCAUGGUACGGUUUAGGGAUGAAACCAUUUGCCGAUUCUAUCCAAGAGAAAUUGUUGCAACCAUUAGAAGCCAAUGAUAUUGAAAUCAAACCUGAUGGGUUACUCUAUUUACCUGAAAUUAAAUACCGUCGUAUCCUAAACAAAGCAUUUGGUGCUGGUGGAUGGGGGUUAGUUCCCAGAUCUGAGACUAUUGUCACUACAAGUUUAGUGACAAGAGAAUAUGGUUUAAUAUGUAAUGGACAAUUGGUUGGUGUAGCACGUGGUGAGCAGGAUUAUUUCAAUGAUAACGGUAUUCCAACAGCUACAGAAGGUUGCAAAAGUAAUGCUCUGAUGAGAUGCUGUAAGGACCUUGGUAUAGGAUCUGAAUUAUGGGAUCCUGUAUUUAUAAAGAAAUACAAAGAAACAUACUGUAUUGAUAAGUUUGUUGAACACAUUACUACAAAGAAAAAGAAAAAGAUUUGGUUGAGAAAGGAUAGAAAAGUAGAAUAUCCUUAUAAAUAA